CCAUGAUAUAAAUUAUUAGUAUAAAGACAUUUUCCCAGUGGUUCUUGACUUAAGCAAAAUGAAUGUCAUGAUUUUCUCCCAAUGGUUCUUCCUAGAAAAUACCUCUGAACUAGAUGGGAAGAGACUCCAGGAGCAUAUAUGGUUUGCUUAUAUAACCAGCUUAAGGUUGUGUAGAGGAAGACACAAUUUCAGCUGAAAAACAGAGUUUAUCGUGGAAGAAAUGGAAAUGGUUCAUAUCUUCAGCGUUUCAAGAACUAUUAAACAACUUUUUCUUUGUUCUCUCAUAGCCGCUUUUCAUGAUCUUGCUCGUGCCGAUCCUCCCUACAGUCUUUGUCCACAAGAUACGAAUUAUGCAGCUGAUAGUCCAUUCGAACAUAACCUCGAUAAUCUUUUCAGGUCCUUUCCCUCAAAUACUUCUAUUCCCAAGUUUUUCAAUACCUCAGUUGGAAAUUCCUCGGACACAGUUUAUGGUCUGUACAUGUGCCUGAACUAUAUUCAAGCUGAUGAUUGCAAAACCUGCAUAGAAAUUGCAUCACAAGAUGGUGAGAGGCUUUGUCCAAACAAAACCGAAGCAGUUGUUUGGGAAGAAGUAUGUCAAUUGCGCUACUCCAAUGAAAAUUUCUUUGGCCGACUGGAUGUCAGAGGAAACAUCCCCAAAUUUAACGUAAAAAAUGUAUCGGAACCAGAAAGAUAUAAAUCUGUCGUGAAGAAAAUUCUAAGUAAUCUCACCAAGGCGGCAGCUUUUGAUCCUUCAACUGAGAUGUAUGCUACCGGAAAUGUAUCCUUUACCGAUACAGAUACGUUAUAUGCUUUAGUUCAGUGCACUAGGGAUUUAUCAGCUCAUGAUUGUAAUACGUGUCUCGAGACUGCAAUUGCGGAUAUUUCAUCUUGCUGCUAUUUUUCUCGAGGAGCACGACUUCUCAGUCGUAGUUGCUAUUUGAGGUAUGAAUUAUAUGCCUUCUAUGAAGGUGACACUGAACCUGCUGACACUGAUGAAAACAGAGCCACAGGGAAAGGCAACCAAAGGAAGAUAUGGAUGAUUAUAAUUCUAUCAACUGUCUUGGUAUGUCUAAUAUUGCUGGUAGCCUUGGCUUGCGCAGUCUACUGUAUUAGAACAAGAAAAGGAAGUCGGAAAAGGGAGGCUCAAGUUAAUAUUCAAGUUCAAUCCGGCAAUAGUCGUGAUCAGAACAGAACAGAUUUCCGUGACCAGCAUAUUGAGGGGACAGAUGAUCUAAAGGCUCAGGAAUUUUAUAUUGAUCUAAAAACUAUACAUGUUGCAACUGAUAGUUUCUCUGAUUCUAAUAUGCUCGGACAAGGCGGGUUUGGUCCUGUUUACAAGGGUAUAUUAGGUGAUGGACAGGAAGUAGCAGUAAAAAGGCUUUCCGCUUGUUCUGAGCAGGGUACCGAGGAAUUCACAAAUGAAGUCCUACUCAUACUGAAACUACAGCACAAAAAUCUCGUUAGGCUUCUUGGUUUUUGUGUAGAUGGAGAGGAAAAGCUGCUUGUCUACGAGUUUAUGCCAAACAGUAGCCUCGAUGUAAUCCUUUUUGAUCCAAGGAAACGUGCGCAACUCAGUUGGAGUGAACGUAUUAAUAUUGUAAAUGGAAUUGCAAAGGGAAUUCUUUAUCUUCAUGAAGAUUCUCGACUUAGAGUCAUUCAUAGAGACCUAAAACCGAGUAACGUUUUGUUGGACUCUGAAAUGAAUCCAAAGAUCUCAGACUUUGGAAUGGCCAGGAUUUUUGCAGGUGGUGAAGGAGAGGCUAAUACAGCAAGAAUAGUUGGAACAUAUGGUUACAUGCCUCCGGAGUACGCUAUGGAGGGAUUAUACUCCAUUAAGUCUGAUGUUUAUAGCUUUGGAGUUCUCUUGCUUGAAAUCAUCACCGGAAGGAGGAAUGCCGGUGACCAUAAAUCUAAAAAAGCUCCUACCCUGCUAGCGCAGGCAUGGCAACUGUGGAAUGAGGGGAAUGCAUUGGAGUUAAUGGACCCAUUAUUAGCUGAUACAACGGAUCAUGAUGAAUUUCUAAGAUACUUCCAUAUUGGUUUGUUGUGCGUUCAAGAGGAUGCAUUUGACAGGCCUACAAUGUCUUCUGCCGUUGUAAUGUUGAAAGGGGAAACCAAAACUCUUCGACAACCUGAAAGACCUGCCUUCUCACUGGGAAGAUUUACUGAUCAUUAUCAAUUAGAAGAUAACAAUUGUUCGGCUAAUUACUUAACAAUUUCUGAUGUUUUGCCUAGGUGAUGGAGAAAGCCAAUGAUAAUUUACCUAUGCAGAAUCUGUAAUGCUUUUGGUUUCCAGGAUACAAUUUUCAAUAUUUGGAAGAAAUCUGCAGGAUACAAUUACUUAAAAAUUUCUGUAAUGCUUUUCAUCUAACCCGUGAGAUAUCUGCAGUCA